AUACGAUUCCUUGAUUUUCUUGACAGCUUAAAACCUCAAAUGGAUUAUCACACCAAAAACAUAUCUACUUGGUUAAUCUCUUUGUGGUUUACCACUCUCUUAAUAUUACUCCCGGUGGUUAUAUGUACUAGACAACACCGGUUUGAUAGCCCGAAACAAAAAAGCUUGUUGGCCAACGAGCGAGAUCUGGUGACAGAUUUGCCUGGACAGCCUGAUGUGAGUUUCAGACAUUACGCCGGUUAUGUCUCUGUCGACGAAUCAAACGGAAGAACUAUGUUUUAUUGGUUCUUCGAGGCCAUGGAUCUUCCCAAAGAGAAACCUCUAGUUCUCUGGCUUAAUGGAGGUCCAGGUUGUUCUUCUGUGGGAUAUGGAGCAACACAAGAAAUUGGUCCCUUUCUCGUGGACGCCAAUGAAAAUGGACUUAAAUUUAAUCCAUACGCAUGGAAUAAAGAGGCCAACAUGCUGUUUUUAGAAUCUCCCGUCGGUGUUGGCUUUUCGUAUUCAAACACAACUAGCGAUUAUCAAAAACUUGACGAUGACUUUACAGGCAGAGACGCAUUCACUUUUCUUUGCAACUGGUUCGAGAAAUUCCCAGAACACAAAGGAAAUACGUUCUACAUCGCAGGCGAAAGCUACGCAGGAAAAUACGUACCAGAGCUAGCAGAGGUCGUGUACGAUAACAAUAACAAGAACAAUGGUUCAUCGCUUCACAUCAACCUUAAGGGUAUUUUGCUUGGGAAUCCUGAGACAUCAGAUGCAGAAGAUUGGAGAGGUUGGGUGGAUUACGCAUGGAGCCAUGCGGUUAUAUCUGAUGAGACGCAUAGAAUCAUAACCAGGACUUGCAAUUUCAGCAGCGACAAUACUUGGAGCGACGAUGAGUGCUCCGAAGCCGUAGACGAAGUUCAAAAGCAGUACGACGAGAUCGAUAUCUAUAGCCUUUAUACAUCGGUUUGUGUAGGAGAUUCUGCCCGAUCCUCUUACUUGGAUUCUGCACAAUUCAAGACAAAUUAUCACACCAGCUCCAAGAGGAGGGUUCCACCAAGGCGCUUGGGUGGAUAUGACCCAUGCUUAGACGAUUACGCUAGAACAUUCUACAAUAGAGCAGAUGUUCAGAAGUCUCUUCAUGCGAGUGAUGGAGUUAAUCUCAAGGACUGGAGGAUUUGCAACAUGGAGAUCUUUCAUAACUGGACUUAUACAAAGCCCUCGGUUUUGCCUAUAUACGAGAAACUGAUCGCCGGGGGAUUAAGAAUAUGGGUUUACAGUGGUGACACAGACGGAAGAGUUCCGGUACUCGCGACAAGGUAUAGCUUAAGCGCACUCGAAUUACCAAUCAAGACAGUUUGGAGGCCUUGGUACCAUGAGAAACAGGUAAGUGGAUGGCUCCAAGAAUACGAAGGUCUAACGUUUGCUACGUUCAGAGGAGCUGGACAUGCUGUGCCUUCCUUCAAACCAAGCAGCUCUCUUGCCUUUUUCUCGGCCUUUCUCACCGGAAUUCCUCCGCCGCAGUCACGUCUUUCUGCUCCAGCUCCUUGCUCUUGUUUCCGAAGCCGAGCCUAAUAAGUGGGGCCCGUACUCUAGUUUCAUGAUUUAUCAACCCGGUUGGCGCGUUCAGAGCUGUCAUGUGUGAUUGGAGGUUACCGGCUCUCUGGUUCUGGUCUUUUACUGCCGGUGGUGGUUUUGACGACCAGGCUUUUCUUCGGUUGGGUUUUGACAAAGCUGCGAGGAUCGUGUGUCAAUCUAUUGGAAUAGCGCUUUGGGCAAGCCACGUAAUCUCAUGUUUUAUCAAAGGCAACCUUUUUUGGCAAUGUGUUCAUCUUGGCCAAGCUGUGUCUCUUGUUAUCCUAGUACACCCUAGUUUUUUUUUUCUCGUUGUAAUGGUCAAUAGAGUUAUCGGUAACGGUGUCUCUUUUUCUUUACUUUCUUGGUGUUUAGUUUUUCGGUUUUAUCCGCAACUAGUUUAUUUUUGUAAUUU